AUGCUCCUUCUUGUACUACUAACAGUUAUUACAGUUGUUGCAAAUGCAAGAUCAACAUCUGUGAAACAAAGUUCAUUAUCGUUUUUCUAUGUUAUUCCACUUGGUACAAAUGGUGGUCUAGAUGAAAAUAAUCUUUCAUCAUAUUUACUUACAUCAGUCAAUAAUAGUAUUCCAAAUUCAGCGUACAUAUCACUUGACGGUGGUACUGUUCGUCAUGGAAUUGAAAUAGCAAUUAAACAGCAAUCAUUACCAUUGAAUACGGACAAAGAAAUGUUUAUUCGAGAACAAAUAAAAGCUUAUCUCAUAUCACAUGGUCAUCUCGAUCAUAUUACUGGAUUUCUUAUUAACACUCCAAAUGAUAAAUCAGGAAAAUUUAUUAUUGGACUCAAUCAAACAAUUAAAAUUAUUCGCGAUCAUUAUUUCAAUAAUCAAGCAUGGGCUGAUUUUGGUUCAACAGGUCUCAAAACAUAUGAUUAUCAAAUACUAGAUCCACUAUCAACGAUAUCAGCUCCAAUAGUGAAUACUGAUUUAGAUGUGCGCAUUUUUCGACUGUGUCAUACUUGCCCAUUUCUUAGUUCAGCUUUUCUUGUUUCUCGUCGUAAUCAACCUUCAGCAUCUAUUCUUUAUUUGGGUGAUACUGGUCCAGAUGAUGUUGAAAAAAUAAUACAAGCUGAUAAUACGACAUAUUCACCUAGAUAUCUCAGUCAAUUAUGGAAAGAAAUGGCUCCACUUGUUGCUGCUAAUCAAUUAAAAGCUAUUUUUAUUGAAGUCUCAUAUCCGAAUGGGCGGCCCGACCAUUUAUUAUUUGGACAUUUGACUCCUAAUUGGCUUUUGAAAGAACUUAACGUUUUGAAAAGUUAUCAUUCAAUGGAAAAUGUUAAAAUUAUUGUAACACAUAUCAAACCAGAAAAUGGAGCACGAGAAAAAAUUAUUGAACAACUCUCAAGAGCCGAUGCUUUACAUUUUAAUUUUGUAUUUCCUCAACAGGGUCAAGCCAUUUGGCUUUGA